AUGAGCCAGUCAAAAGAGCCCACUUUACAGCAAAGAUCGGUAGUAUCCUCGUUUCUCUGCUCAGACACAGGACAAUUCAAAGUCGCUCUAUUUCGGCGCAGUGGAAAAGUCCGUACAUAUCAGCACUGUUUAGCCCCCAUCUCAGGCAGUAUUGAGCAGGGUGGAACACCAGUGGCAACAGCAUGGCGUGAGCUCAAGGAGGAGACUACUCUUACUCCACGAGAUGUUGAGCUUUGGCGACAGGGGAAACCAUAUUCCUUCCGUGAUCUUCGCAUCGGUCGGCAGUGGACCAUUUUCCCAUUCCUGUUCCGACUCAAAGACUGCCGUGAGGGUAGUCGCGGGGAGGAAGGUAUUCAAAUUGACUGGGAGCAUGAAAGUUGGCAAUGGUACAAUCCUCAAGAGAUUCAAGAUGAUGAAAAGUUUGGUGGUGUGCCUCGUUUGAGAGAAAGUCUACGACGCGUCUGGUUUGAAGGGGACAUGAAUCAGGACGCGAGUAGCGCACUCCUAGCCGGCCUAGGCCAAUUGAAGGCUGAUCAUCAGAGCGGAUCGCACGAGUUGACUUCGAUUGCACUGAGGGUCUUCCGAGACGUUAUCGCGCAGAUGAAUGAGGCGAUCGAUGCAAAAUGGUGGGAAACUGCUCGCAUGGCUGCCUGGCAUAUAUGGAAAAAUGGACGAGAAAGUAUGGGAGCUGCCACCAUGAAUGCAUUUCUGGGAUUGCUGGCCGAUAUGGAGGAUAUCGUGCAUGAAGAUCUGGAUCGCGGUAUCAAAUGGGAGCGCUUGUUGGCCCUGCUUGACCACCAUUUGUACAAGCGCAAAGAAAUGCCCAUGCGCAUCAAGGAUUCCUUUGUGGGCUAUCUUCAAUCCAACUUCCCGGCUAUAGCAGAGGCAAAACCUCCCUCUUCUCUAGUUAUUCUCACAUUCUCGGCAAGCUCUACUAUCCGAGAUGGCAUUUUAGAGGCAUUCGCGUCUCUUCCUAUCCCCAAUCUGGACCUCCGUGUCCUCGAAUCUCGUCCUCUCUGUGAAGGAGUCAACAUGGCGUCGUCUAUCCUCUCUGCCUUUCAAACAAAAUAUCCCCCACCUUCCGAUCGGAAUUUAAAGCUAACAGUGUACACCGAUGCGUCCGCCGCCCUCGCCAGCAGGGAAGUAGACUUUGUGCUACUUGGGGCGGACCAGAUCUCAGACUUGGGCUCAGUUAGCAACAAGACUGGAUCCUUGCCAGCCGUAUUAUGUGCCAAGCAUGUGUGUCCUCGAGUGAAAGUCUUGGUCCUGAGUGAGUUGGAGAAGGUGGCCGAGCCUAGCGCAGAGCAAACCCAGAGCCACGAAGAGAAUGACCCCAAAGAAGUCAUUGCCUGCUGGCUGGACAGCGGUAUCAAAGGGGUGAAGGCUCUGGCUGAGACCACUGGGGUGGCUAAUGAAGAGAAUACCAACUACACAGUCGAAGUGAGGAAUAUUUACUUUGAAUGGGUUCCGGCUAAGCUCAUUGAUGCGUAUAUCUGCGAGGAAGGGACCUUGGGUGCCAAUGAUAUUCAAGAGAAAGCCCAACAAGUGAAACAGAAAGCCGUUAAAUACUUUGAUGGACUUUAA